AUGGACCAAAUACCUUAUUUCCACAAAUAUAAGAUCCAAGGCAAUAAAAUCCCUAGCCUGAAGGAGCAAUGGGAAUGCGCCAAAUUCGUUCUCCUCAGUCACUUGACCGUGGAACUUCCACAAAUCUGGCUUUUCCACCCCAUGGCUCAAUACUUCGGCCUUGAUACCGGCGUUCCCUUCCCCUCCCCGUGGACUAUGACUUAUCAAAUUGCAAUCUUCUUCGUCCUCGAAGAUACCUGGCACUACUGGUUCCACCGUGCCCUGCACUGGGGUCCGCUCUACCGCGGCAUCCACAAGAUCCACCACCAAUACUCUGCCCCCUUCGGCCUUGCCGCCGAAUACGCCUCGCCCAUCGAAGUACUGAUCCUCGGCGUCGGCACCGUCAGCUCGCCCAUCCUCUGGUGCGCCAUCACUGGCGAGCUUCACAUCCUCACCAUGUACAUCUGGAUCACCCUGCGGCUGUUCCAGGCUAUCGACGCGCACAGUGGCUACGAGUUCCCCUGGAGUCUGCAUCAUUUCCUGCCCAUCUGGGCCGGCGCGGACCACCAUGACGUACACCAUGAGAAGUUCAUCGGCAACUUUUCGAGCAGCUUCCGAUGGUGGGAUUACUUCCUUGAUACCGAGUAUACGCCUGAUGCUGUGAAGAGGUGGAGAGAGAAAAAGCUUGCACAGACAUCUAAGAAGGCGCAAUGA